UGAAAGUGCAAUGGCGAUAUUGGACAAUAACAGCCAUCGCUUUUGGGGGACCACAUCUUUAUUAUGUGGCUAACGUUAAAGAAAACUAGCUGCGAAACCACAUUUAAUAUCGGCACGCUGCGCGAGCGACUACCUGCUGCCAGGGGAGGUGAUUUCACAGCCUCUGCACGCGAUGACAGUUUAGACUAAAAUAAAAACGCUGGCUGCAAGCUUCAGAUUUCAAAGGGGCGUGGCGGCGUGCUGGGUACCACUUCUGACUAAAAGGAUGCUGAUAGCUUAGCAACAGCGACAAGGAAGCAGAGGAGAGACAAUGGAUGUGCGAUUUGUCAGCAUCGUUACUGGGUGUGACGUGUGAACAGACACCAUGGCCACACAGGAGCCGUCCCCUCCCUCGUCCAUGGAGAGCAAUAAACCCGGCUUCCCCAAGAAGAUCCUGGGCAACAAGCUGGAGGACAAACACCUGUGCAACUGCUGCCACAACAUACUCAGACGACCGUUUCAAGCCCAGUGUGGACAUCGCUUCUGUUCCUACUGCUUCAACAUGACUGUCAGUAUAAUGUUUUUUUAUUGCAGUAAUGGACCCCAGAAAUGCAGUGCCUGUAUUAAAGAGGAUAUCUUUGAGGAUCCUACAUCGCUUUUGAAACAAGGAUGUGCUUUUCCUGACAACGCAGUUCGAAGAGAAGUUGAAAACCUUUCAGCGAUUUGUAUCCAUGAAAAUUGCACUUGGAAAGGCAGCAUUAAAGAGUAUGAGCUGAGCCACGAGGGAAAGUGUGACUUCAUGAUCAUCCCCUGCCCUUCCUGUAAAGAACGAAUUCGCUUCAAUGAACAGGAGCGCCAUAAUGAGCGAGAGUGCCCGGAGAGAACACUCAACUGCAAGUACUGCAAGGAGCCAUUUCACUUCAAAAACAUCAAGGCACAUGAUGAGAUCUGUCCCAAGUACCCGAUGAUCUGUGAAGGCUGUGCCAAGAAGAAAAUACCCAGAGAAAAGUAUGUGGAUCACAUUAAGUUCUGCAGCAAAUUCAGAACUCCGUGUCGAUUUCAUGUCGUGGGAUGUGAUAUGUCUGUGGAAAAGGAAAAGAUUCAUGACCAUGAGCGCACCUAUGCCUACGAGCACCUCAAUCUGUUGCUGCACUACAUUAUGGGCAUGAAAGUGAGCAUGGAGGGCCUGCAGCCCCAGGGAUUGGAAGUAGCCGGACAUAAACUGGUGGAAUUGCAACAUUCCCUCAGGGAGCUUGAGGCCAGAGUCUCUCAGCUUAGCACCACCUCCUCUGGGCCUCCCGUGCAGGGAGCCGCCGCCGCCGCCUCCUCCUCAUCCUCCAGCUCCGGCCCCCCCGGUCCACCCGCUUCAGCUCCUCUCCUUCCACCUCCCACCCUGGCUCCCACUCUGUCUGUGUCUACCUCCUUCACGCCCCUGCCCAGCUCGGUGGGUGCGGCGCUGGAGCUCCAGCUCCACAGCGAGAAGACCAAAGUGGUGGAGCUGGGUCGCAGGUGUACGGAGCUCGAAGUUAAAUCCGGCACGUUUGAAAAUGUGGUGUGUGUCCUGAACAGAGAGGUGGAGCGGUUUGCCACCACCAUGGAAGCCAGCAACCGUCAGCACAAACUGGACCAGGACAAGAUCGAGGCUCUGAGUAACAAGGUGCGACAGCUGGAGAGGACAGUGGGGCUGAAGGACUUAACGGUGGCUGAGAUGGAGGGCCGACUGAGGGAAAUGUCAGCCACAACCUUUGAUGGCGUCUUUGUCUGGAGGAUCUCUGAUUUUGCCAAAAAGAGACAGGAUGCCAUCGCAGGUCGAGCCCCUGCCAUGUUUUCACCAGCCUUCUAUACCAGUAAGUACGGCUAUAAGAUGUGUCUGCGGAUCUAUCUGAAUGGAGAUGGGACAGGGCGUGGCAGCCACUUGUCCUUGUUCUUUGUGGUGAUGAGGGGACUGAGCGACGCUCUGCUCAAAUGGCCUUUCAACCAGAAGGUAACUCUGAUGCUGCUGGACCAGAGCAACAGGGAGCACAUCAUCGACGCCUUUCGACCCGAUGUCACGUCAUCUUCCUUCCAGCGACCGGUGAGCGAGAUGAACAUCGCCAGCGGCUGUCCGCUCUUCUGCCCGCUCUCCAAGCUCGAUGCCAAGAACUCAUACAUCCGCGACGACACCAUCUUCAUCAAGGCGAUCGUGGACCUCACCGGCCUCUAGGCGGCCUCACCGGGUGGUACAGUUUGGCA